UUUUUUUUUUUUGGGGGGGGGGGGGGGGAGAUUGAUUUAUAUGUACUGGGCUAACCACCCCAACCCUCAUAAAAUAAAAAGAAGGUGGUUUCAAUUCAAAUCAGGUGGACCGAGCAAAUCUAUAGUGAGAUUAUUGAGAGUGAGGGCCCUGAAAAGUUUUAUGUGGAAUUCAUGGCAUGGCAAACCUUAUGGCCUACCAAUAUGUGAACUCAUUUAUUGGAGGAAUACUAAAUGUACACAUGAAACAUGAAAAAUGGAAAAUGGUUUUGUCACCAGUAAACAAACAUAUGUAUAUAUAUAUAUAUAUAUAUUUUACCAUGAAAAAAGAGAAAAAGGGCAAAAGAGUGACCAAGCAAGGGGCAGAUGGAAAAGCUUAGAGAGAGAGAGAGAGAGAGAGAGAGAGAGAAGAAAUAAAGCAGAUGGGAUAAACAAAAACAAAAAUAAAGAAAAGCAAAGAAUAGCAAAUGGAUGCAAAAGAUGGUCUCAAAGCACACACUACUCUAUUCCCACAUGGGGAACAAAAUAGCUGAACUGUAGUUUCUCUUAUGCGAUUGGACCCCAUGCCUUCUUUAUAUAUAUUCUCUUUUUUUUUCUUUUCCUUUUUUCUUCUUAUUUAAAUGCUCCUUGUUUUUCUAGAGAAUCAUAAAAGCCCAACACAAGACCUCUGUUUUUAUGCACCACUCACAUUCUUUCUCUAACUUUGGAGCUAGGCCCCCCUCCCCCCCUAUCAUGGCUAAGCAAAUCAACAUAGAGAGUGAUGCUCAAGAAAAUCUCCUUACCUCAUCUUCCUCCUCCUCCUCCUCCUCCUCCUCCACCUCCUCAACAACAACUUCUGAUUCUUUGGCUGAUAAAAACACUCAAAACUCAGAGAAUUGUACAUCUCAAAAAGGCUCAUCAAUAAAAGGGCAAGAAGAACCAAACAAUGAGAAUGAGCAAGACAACAGCAAGAAGAAGAAGAGGCAGAGAAGCAGUGAUCAGAGUGAUGGCAAGCACCCGACAUACCGCGGCGUAAGAAUGCGUAGCUGGGGAAAAUGGGUGUCCGAAAUCCGAGAGCCAAGGAAGAAAUCAAGAAUAUGGUUAGGGACAUACCCAACAGCUGAAAUGGCAGCUAGAGCUCAUGAUGUGGCAGCUCUAGCCAUCAAAGGUGCUUCUGCUUUUCUCAAUUUCCCUGAAUUGGCUCAAACACUUCCCCAGCCAGACUCCAAGUCUCCAAAAGACAUUCAAGCUGCUGCUGCUAAGGCUGCUAAGGCUGCAGCUGAUGCUUCUGAGGAAAAGCAGAUUAUUUGUGAAACAGAGGCUGAAGAAGCAGAGCCCAGCAGCAAAGUCAAGCUUCCCAUGUCCUCAAAUUCAACUUUGUCCAUGGACAACAUUAAUGCUCAAGAAUCAACUAGUACUUGUGCUUCAACUGAUUAUGAUGAUGACAAAUUGUUUGACCUUCCAGAUCUUUUCAUGGAUGGCACAAAUGGAAGUGAUCAGUUUUGCUAUUCUUCUUCAACAUGGCAUUUGUGUGCAGCUGACACUGGAUUCAGGCUAGGGGAUCCCUUCUUGUGGGAGUAUUAGCUAGUGCCUAGUGUAGAGAGUGAGAGACUAUGUAUUUACUCUUUCUUUUUCUUUUUUUAUCAAACAGAAAUAAUUAAGUUUCAAAAUUCAUCACAUUUGGUCA